AUGAAACUAUACACAUCAUUAUUGACGUUAGGUGCGGCGUGCAGCACCGUACUAGCCGCCGCCCCGAGUCCGUGUCCUCUCGUCGGACCCGCAUACCCAUGGCCAACCCCAGCCUCAACCAACUCGCACUUUCUUGAGGCGCGAAAGGAACUCCGCACUUCAAUUAAACAUGCGCUCAAGGAUGCGAAUCAAACGACCAACUCGAUCGCGCUGCAGGUGUUCGACGCCACUGACCCUUCCCCCUUGUUUCAGUGGGCCUACACCAGCGACGACCUUGACCCCAAGCUAGGCGUGAGACAAGUCACGCAGGACACGGUGUUCCGUGUCGGCAGUGUCUCGAAGAUAUGGGCCGUGUACCUGUUCCUCGUUGAGGAGGGAUUCGAUCCGUUCGCACAACCUAUCGCGAACUACGUCCCGGAGUUGCAAGCAGCCGUCUCGGGUGAUGCAAUUGACACCUUGCAAUGGGCCAAUGUGACCAUUGGAGAACUGGCAAGCCACCUGGCUGGCGUCCCGAGAGAUUACGGUAUACUCGACCUUUCAUCCAAUGCUGCUGGGAUGGAAGCAAUGGGCUUCCCUGUGCUACCACCAAAUGAGAUCCCGCCCUGUGGAAGUCCAUUCUUCGCUGGGCUGCUUGAAAGACAUCCUAUCGUUCCCGUCUCAUCAACGCCCAUCUAUUCAAAUGCUGCUUUCCAGAUCCUCGGGUAUGCCUUGGAGGCACUGACCAAUGACACAUUCGAAAAUGUCUUCCAGAACAAGCUCCUUCAGCCCCUUAACCUGAAGCACACCUUCUACACCACACCGAAUUCAUCGCUUGGUGUGAUCCCCAAUGCCAAUGGUCAGGGUGCGAACUUCUGGAAUAUGGAUCUGGGGGACGAGGGCCCGGCCGGCGGCAUCUACUCAUCCGCCAACGACAUGGCAACUCUCGGCCGUGCGAUCCUCAACAACACCCUUCUCGACCCCCUCGCCACAAGACGAUGGAUGAAGCCAGCCACCCACACAUCUUCAAUUGCCUACGGCGUCGGGACACCUUGGGAAAUAGUCUCAUUCCCUUCACCCCGUCUAAUAGACCUCUACACAAAAGCCGGAGACAUCGGCACAUACUCUACCGUUCUCGCCUUGUCCCCCGACCACGGCGUCGGCUUCGUGAUCCUAGUCGCGGGAACAGGCGGCCACGCAGCAGCAGCCAUGGCAUCAGACCUAGCUUCGCAAAUAAUCAUACCAGCGGUAGAAUACAUUGCAAAAUACGAAGCGCGGAAACGAUUUGCUGGUACCUACUCAGCCAACAAUGGCGUGAAUUCUUCAAUCACUAUCACGACGGACGACGGUCCCGGACUGAAGGUCACGAACUGGAUUAGUAACUCGACCGACAUGUUCAAGUCUCUUGCCAGUAUGCGCGGGACAAACGAUACCACGACGAUUAGUAUUCGCUUGUAUCCCACCGGCCUUGAGAGUUCUGGCGAGAUCUCCUUCCGGGCUUUGAUACCGCCGAAUUUGGGUCUGAAUCCGAUCGGGCCUUUUACGAGCUCUUGCAUUACCUGGGUCACGGUGGACUCUCAGGUUUAUGGGAGUGUUGGUCUUGAUGAGUUUGUUUUUGCGUUGGAUAGCAGUAGUAAUGCUGUUAGUGUGUCGCCGAGGGUGUUGCGGAUUGUGUUGCAAAAGCAAUCUUGA